CGCCCCGCACUGGCCCCGUUGCCCUCGGCGCCCGACGCGCCGCGCUCACUGCGCUCCCGCCCGGGGCUCGGUUCCCAGCUCCCCUGGUCUCCAUCUCUCUUUGCGCGUCUCUGCUCCGGGGUCUCUCUCUCUCUCUCUCUGCAUCUCCCCGUCUCUGCUGAUCCCCCUGACUCUGGCUCCCUGACUGUCUCUCUGCGUCGCUCCCUGGCGCGGUGUCUUCGGAGACUCCCUCUUCUCGUCCUCUCAGUCUCUAUCUCCCCGGGGCUCCCGGCAUCUCCCCCCGCCCUGGUGCCUCCUCCCCAGGACGCUGCGGGGGGCCAUGGCGUCGGGAUCCGAACUUUAAACACUUCUUCCCCGACCGGAGCGGUCGCGCAAACCCCAGAAAGGCUGGUGCCGCCAUGGACUGUAGCUGUGUCUCCGACCUUCUCUUCGCCCCGCCCGCCUUGCCGGCUCUCUGGACCCCCGGGUUUGCCUUCCCUGACUGGGCCUACAAGCCGGAGUCGUCCCCUGGCUCGAGGCAGAUCCAGCUGUGGCACUUUAUCCUGGAGCUGCUACAGAAGGAGGAGUACCAGGGUGUCAUCGCCUGGCAGGGGGACUACGGGGAAUUCGUCAUCAAGGACCCUGAUGAGGUGGCCCGGCUCUGGGGCAUCCGCAAGUGCAAGCCCCACAUGAACUACGACAAGCUGAGCCGAGCCCUGCGUUACUACUACAACAAGCGGAUUCUUCACAAGACCAAAGGGAAGAGGUUCACUUACAAGUUCAACUUCAGCAAAGUUGUGCUCGUCAAUUACCCCCUACUGGAUGUGGCGGCAGCUGCCACUGGCUCCCCACUCUUGCUGACCCCUAGUCCUUUUGGAGGGAGCCCUGGGCCAGAUGCUCCUACCCUCACCCCUGAGACCCUGCAGACCCUGUUCUCCGCCCCACGCCUGGGAGAGCCAGGGGCCCGAACGCCCCUGUUUUCCCCUGAGACUGACAAACUGCGUCUGGACAGCCCUUUCCCAUUCCUGGGCUCUGGUGCUACCAGCUACACCAAGCCCCCUGGCCUGCUGGGUCCUUAUGGCCGCGCCUUCCCUGAGUACCCCUGGAACUUUAACCCAUACCUCACAGGCCCCUUCCCCAAGCUGCCCCCCUCUCUCUACCCCCCGCACUUCUAUCCCAACCCUCUGGCCAACUCCUUGGGCCACCUGCCCUCAGCAGGGGCAGGGGGAGGCCCCACAGCUACACCCCUGCUGACUGCAGCAGGGGAAGGCCUGGGCCCUGAGCGUCCCUUGGGCCUGGCAGCGGCUCCCCGCUUGGCGCUGCCUGGGGCUGGGGGUCCCGAGGCUGCACUGGGUGGGAAGGAGGACAGCGACUCAGAGCUGGAGAUCACCGAUGUCAGCGGCUGCAGCUCUGACAGCGAAGGUGAUGAGGGUCUCCCUGUGCCCCCCAAGGCCAAGGUGGGCAAAGCGGGGACUGGCAGUUGAGCAGGCAUGGGGUGAUGGAUUCUGCAGAGGUGGGGCCCAGGGCAGCUGCCCGUCUGCCCUCAAUGUGCUGUCCAAGGCCCAUGACUACCCUUGGCACCAUUCCAGGGGCCGCAAGUCACUGCCCUAGGCUCCUUCUUCCCCAGCCCUAAAGUAGAGGUCUCACGUCCUCCUCCACAGCAAGGGGAGGGAACAUGAUGGCCUCCAGCUUCCUCCCCAGGCUGCAGUUUGAGGGGGUCCCUGCCUGGCCCCACUCCCUAAGUGCAAUAUGAUGCCCAGCCUCCCCCCACCCACCCCUGUGCUGUGACCUGCGUGUUUGUGCGGCUGUGUCUGCCACCCUCUCUGUGCCAGCCCUAGUCCUGAUACCCUCCCAUACAGGCCCCCCUGGGGACAGGGAGCUCAGAGCAAUAACCCCGCCCCCGGCCUCUGCCCAGGAGGGCCCCCCCAACAGUUCCCCAUGACCCCCACAGCCACCUUCAGAGUUUACUACAAAAAUAAAAGAACAGAGUGAGACAAGGGGCACCCAGCGUCAACCAUGGGGCUUUGAGGGUAGGAGCUGGGAGGGAGGGUGUGGGGUACCUGGGGAGUAACUGUUUAAGGAAUGAAUGAA